AUGUUUGCCCAAGUUCUCCUCUUCCUGGCUACCCUCAGCCUGCUACAUGAUUUGUCACAUCUCAAAGCCCUUGGAAAACCCGAGGGAGCUUUACCUUCGGACGUCGCUGUCGAAGCGAUUGUAUCUCUCGUGUUGGGGACAAUCGGGGCGUCCAUGAGGGCGCCAACGCUGAAGGAAAUAACAUGGGCGAGCGAAAUGAAGACAAGAACGGUGGAGGAGAUGAACACAAGAUUAGGCUUC